AUGGAGAAGUACUGCCUGGACUCUCUUUCCAACAUCUCAGAACAGCACGGCAUGUUCUGUAACAUCACAUUGCUAAACGUCACAGGAAAUGACUCUGGGACCAAAUCCAUCGCGGACCUCCUACUGGAAUUUCUAGGGCCGAAACGCUCUCCCGUGUUCCUCCCUAUCACCCUGGUUUACCUGCUCAUCUUCUUUUUUGGUGUGUCUGGCAACCUUCUCACAUGUGCAGUGAUAUCCAAACACAAGAAGAUGCGUACCACCACCAACCUGUUCCUGUUCAGCCUGGCUGUGUCGGACCUCUUGGUGCUCCUCUUUGGGAUGCCCCUGGAGAUCUACGACAUGUGGCAGAACUACCCCUUCCCUUUCGGCGAGGGAGUCUGCUACUUCAAGAUCUUCCUCCUUGAGACUGUCUGCUUCGCUUCCAUCCUAAAUGUGACAGUGCUGAGUGCGGAGAGGUACAUCGCCGUGGUCCAUCCAUUAAAAAUACGCUAUGUCUCCACCAAAAAGCAUGCCAAGCAUGUCAUCAGUGUCGUAUGGGUGGUGUCCCUGGUCUGUGCCAUCCCCAACACCUCCCUGCAUGGCAUCUACUACUUGAAUCUCCCGGAGAAGGUGGCAGAGUCAGCCAUAUGCAGUUUGAUAGGGGCCCCGUGGACCUAUAACCUGGUGAUCCUGAUCACCACUGCGUGCUUCUACAUUGUGCCCAUGACGGUGAUGAGCGGUCUGUACCUGGUGAUGGGCAUCCAGCUGGGCAGGGAGCGACACCUUUCCCACGGAACGAUGAGGAAGAACUGUAGCACCAACACCAACUGGAGAAUCCACGUAGAGCGAGGGCGUAGGAGACAAGCCACCAAGAUGCUUGCUGUGGUCGUGCUGGUGUUUUCCAUCUGCUGGGCGCCUUUCCAUAUCGACCGGCUCUUGUGGAGCUGCAUCAUGCAGUGGUCUGUCUGGACAGACCUCAACCAAACUGUGUACCAGGGUGUGCACCUCCUUUCCGGCAUCCUCUUCUACUUCAGCUCUGCAGUUAACCCUGUUAUCUACAACAUGCUCUCCACACGCUUUCGGGAAUGCUUCUGGGAUCUUAUCUGCACACAUACGAAAGACACUGCCUCUAGAAAAGACUGCCCACCCUUCGCCAAAAUCCUGCUGGUUCCCUCUGGCCCAGUUCCUAAAUCCCAGGCCAGUCCCAGGGACCAGAACUCCCUCACUCCCCUGUUAUCUCCAAUUGUGACUGGGAGCACAGAGAUCACAACACUGACAUGUGAACAUUCCUGUGUGGUAGACUCUGACUUCACUGCUACUGCUUUUUAAUCAUAUUUAAUAUUUAAUGUGGUAGUAGAUAUGAUGCCCUCUGUCCGGCUGUGGAUUUGACUAAUGAGCAGAUGAUGCAUUGUGCACAGCUGGAUGAUCAUUAUUU